AGAGAGAGAGAGAGAGAGAGAGAGAGACGUAUGUGUCUCGUGUGUGUGAUCGAAGUGUAUGCUAUUCUGCGGUGCAAGAAAAGGAAUAAGAGUAGUCGUGUUCCUCCGCACCGAGGGCCGACGGCCGGGCGAUGCUUGCAUAUGUCUAGGUUCGGUGAUAUUCAGGUUUGGUGUGUCAAACAGGUGAAGAAGGCGGCUAUUGCCGCCGUUACCAUUUCCUCCCCCUCCUCAACAAGCUCCACCGUCGCUGCUACUACCACCGCUACCACCGCCGCCGCCACCGUCACCGCCAUCGUCGCUGCCGCCGUCGUCGCCGAUCUUACGGCGGUGUUGAAUUACGAGAACGUAGCCAAGCGCUGCAAGCUGGCUGCCGUGAGCAUAACGCAUCCGGACGAGAUCGACGUGAUCAGGGGAAACGAAAUCAUCAUGGCGGACAUAGCGGCUGCCACCGCCGCCGUCGCUACCGCUGCUGCGAAUGACACGCAGAGGCGGGCCAAUUUUUCGGCAUUGCCAGGCAAUCCGAACGGCGUCAAAAUCUCGAGCCUCGCGAACGCAAAACCCGGCUCCGCGAAAAAGCUCGUCAUCAAGAAUUUCAAAAAUAAACCUAAGCUACCAGAGAACUAUCAAGAACAAACAUGGGAAAAAUUACAGGAGGCUGUGGUUGCGAUACAAACCAGCAAAAGCAUCCGAUAUUCUUUAGAGGAACUUUAUCAGGCAGUUGAAAAUAUGUGUAAUCAUAAAAUGGCAUCAACACUUUAUACAAAUUUGACUAUUCUGACAGAAUCUCACGUAAAGGCUAAUAUUGAACAAUUUCUGGCCGAAUCUAUGGAUAGACAUAUAUUUCUAAAAAAGAUGAAUGAAUGUUGGCAAUCACAUUGCAGACAAAUGAUAAUGAUCAGGAGCAUAUUUCUCUAUCUCGAUAGAACAUAUGUUCUACAAAACCCGAGCAUUUCAUCGAUAUGGGAUAUGGGACUACAUCUAUUCAGACUUCAUAUUGUAUUGAAUAAUUUAGUGCAAACACGUACAGUUGAAGGUCUUCUCAUGCUCAUAGAAAAGGAACGACAAGGUGACACUGUAGAUCGAACACUUCUCAAAUCGCUAUUAAGAAUGUUGUCGGAUCUACAAAUUUAUCAAGAAGCUUUUGAAACAAAGUUCCUACUGGCUACAGAAAGAUUAUAUGCUGCUGAAGGUCUGCGAUUGAUGAAUGAACACGAUGUUCCUGAAUAUCUGGCUCAUGUGGAUAAACGUUUGCAAGAGGAAAACGAGCGACUGUUACAUUAUCUCGAUACAUCAACUAAAUGGUCACUCAUACACACUGUAGAAAAACAAUUAUUGUCUGAACAUAUUACUAGUAUUUUACAGAAAGGCUUAAGUGGAUUGUUGGAUGAAAAUAGGAUUAGUGAUUUAUCAUUACUUUACAACUUAUACAGUCAUAAAAAUGGCCUUGUGGAGCUUUGUUUGAAUUUUAAUUGUUAUAUCAAAAAAAAAGGCAAAACGAUAGUUAUAGAUCCCGAAAAGGAUAAAACGAUGGUACAGGAGUUGUUAGAUUUCAAAGAUAAAAUGGAUAAUAUAGUUAAUACAUGCUUUCAUAAAAAUGAAAAGUUUGCAAAUAGUUUAAAAGAAGCUUUCGAGGCUUUUAUUAAUCAAAGAGCAAACAAACCAGCAGAAUUAAUAGCUAAAUUUGUCGAUUGUAAGUUACGUGCGGGUAAUAAAGAAGCAACAGAAGAAGAAUUAGAGAGAUUAUUAGAUAAAAUUAUGGUACUCUUUCGGUUUAUUCAUGGAAAGGAUGUUUUUGAGGCGUUUUAUAAAAAGGAUUUGGCCAAACGUUUGUUAGUGGGAAAAUCAGCUUCUGUAGAUGCUGAAAAGUCAAUGUUAUCUAAAUUAAAACAGGAAUGCGGUGGUGGAUUUACUAGUAAAUUAGAAGGAAUGUUUAAAGAUAUGGAACUUAGUAAAGAUAUCAAUAUUGCGUUUAAACAGUUUCCAUUUUUCAUUUUUCAGAAUGAAGAACAAAAAGCAACAGAAGAGAGAGUUUAUCAAGAUAGACAAUACCAGAUAGAUGCUGCUAUUGUCAGAAUUAUGAAAAUGCGAAAAACUCUGACCCAUAAUCUUCUUAUCAGUGAGCUGUACAAUCAAUUAAAGUUUCCUGUAAAGCCUGCAGAUUUAAAGAAACGGAUCGAGUCUCUUAUAGACAGAGACUACAUGGAACGAGAUAAGGAUAAUUCAAAUCAAUACAAUUAUGUUGCGUAACCUAAAGCAAAUGCCAAAGUUACAUUGACUCACAAAAUCGACGCUGAUUUUUCUAGCAAAUUGAAUCUAUUGCCAUUGGUGUUUGUCUAUUGUGAAUGUGAAUGAAUUAUGAUUCAAACGAAGGAUUAUAUAACCAAUCUGACUGUUGGGGAUAAAGUUGUAGCGUUUGUGAUCAGUUCGUACAAAAGGAAAGAAGCAAAGAAAAAAACUCAGUUCAGUGAAUUUCCCCGUUUCGGUUUUUUAGUGCAUAAGAGACAUUGAAUGAUUGCAAUCCUCUUUUAAUCAGUGUUGUGUUAUUUCUGAAUUUGCAAAAUAAGAGACACAGGACCUUGGAUAUAAAAUAAUCUUGAUGACGUCCUAGAAUAUAACAAUUUUUAUGCAAUACAGUUUUUCACAACAUACAAUCAAGAGGAUGUAAUAAAGAAUACAAAAUGUAUACAUAUUGUGACAU